GUGAUAGUGUCUAACAUGAUCUCAAUCAAAAACCUAAUAAUCUCAACAACAACCCUAUACUAAUAUAUAACACAAUUAUUGGACAUAUCAAGUGUUGCAAAUAACCUCGGGUUAUACUCGUGAAAUAUAACCAACUAUUUUUUUUAAAAAAUUCGGUAUUUGGUCAUAGGAAACAUAAAAUUAAUCAAUCCAUUGUUUAUGGUGUUGUUUUUAGGCUGGAUGGGCUGCAGUUCAGAUUACUCACUUGGCAUUAAUCAAUGAAUUAUCUAUGGAAUCUAGUGAACGUACUUUAUUGACUUCCCUACGUUAUUUAUUCACAGUUCUUAGUAAUCUACUUGUUUAUAUUAGUACAUUUCUUCUUUUACAACAUCAACAUCAUGUUGAUAAUAAUAAUAAUAACAUUCGUAAUGAUACUAGUAUUAAAAACUCAAUGAAUGAUAUGUUACCGUUGAGAAAAUUGCUUAAUUACAAUGAAGUUGAAUAUAUUAUGUUACCUAUGGUAAUGACUUCACAUCCAUUAUCGAAAUGUUCAAAUUCCUCACUAUCUUCACCGUCCAUUAUUGAUUUUGGUAAAGAUGAUAUACCAGCUUUUCAAAAGUUAGGUUUUACAAUUAUUGGUGUUGGGGGAUUAACAAUGUUAUUAUUUCAUUUUGGAGUAAGAAAGAAAGAUUUUAUUCACAAUGUAAGACCUAUAACUAUUGUGGAUAAUCCUAAUCAUGAAUCUGUCAGUCAGAUAAAACAUCCUGCUUAUAUAAUUACUACAUGGAAAGAUUGGUUACGUUUACCAUUAUUUUGGAUUCUUGGCUUUUUCUACAUGUUUGUUAGACUAAUUGUCAAUGUAUCACAGGCAAGUACAGUUUAUUUAAUGUUUUUUUUUGAAUAUAAGAAUUUCUCUAUCUGAAUUAAGUAAAGUGAACUAGAAUCUAUAAGAAGAAAACAUUUAUCAUCAGUCCUUUGUACAGAACGAGAUUAGUCAAUCAUAGUUGAAAUAACAUUGUUUGAAGGUGCUCAGAAUGUUACUGUGACUUGACAGUUAUGAUUUAUAUCUUGCCUUAUCUACUUCAGUUUGGGUUAACGAGUAUUAUCACUAGACUCGUCAUUAACUAUACUAAUUUGUAUCUGGUGUAUUGAAUAAUAAAUAAAAAUUAUUCAUAAUUCAUGACAGUACAAUGUAAGAGAAAAUUAGCAGUAUAAAAGUCAAAAUCAAUGUAUGGAAAAGUUAUAAAAAAGGGAAAUCGAGGUUGGAAAGAGAACCCUAUUGAAAUCGACCAAAAUUAAAAAGUAUACACGAUGAUUCAAACUGAAUCUAUAUCGAAAUCAUUGAUUUCGACUCAUAACACUUAACAUAUCUAACUACUGAUUGGAAUUAUCACAUAAAUUUGAAGUUGUCACUUUACAUAUUUCAAAAACGCAUACAUCAGAUUAACAGUCAAUGACUUAAUGGUACUAUGUCAGUCAGUCAGUAAUUUCGUACGUACGUACAUCAGUUCGAGUUGCCACACCACUAUGUCUUGGUUUAGUUAUCAUUAACUGUUUUUCAAUCUGAUCCUAUGCUAUCAACCAUCGUAUAUUGGAAUAAUUGGAGUUUAGUUACGAAAACAGGCCCACAUUUUAUAUUAAUCUGGCUUAUUUAACAAUUUACCUUUUACAUUCAUUACGUUUACCUAAAGUUACAAUGGCUUUAGUUCCUUUAACAGUGUAUCUGACAAGUAUUGCUACUACUAUGGUACAAAAACCAAUACAGGAUCUUAUCAGUCGUGAAGUAAGUUCUUUUGUUUAUUAUUCAUGUUCAGACAUACAUAUCAAUCGGUGUUAGUCAAAAUAAUGUAAGAGAAGAAGUGAAAAAUAGGCAUUGUUUCAAAUUGUUACACUGUAUAUCUCAGCAAUAAUGAGAAAUCGAUAAAAUUCAUAGAAGAUUACUUGAAUCAAUAGUUUAUUUUUAGUAUAGUGUUGUGAAAAUUGUUGAAUCGCAUUAAAAUCAUGAACCGAUCUAAGUUAGACUAUUUUAGAAGACCUAGAGAAACCGGACGGCCGUUUCUUCCUGAUAUGGGACUCCUCAGCACUGCGCGUCCAAAUCUCUAUAACCGAAAAUCGUACACAAGAUCUUCGAUCGCACGUGAGAAAGCUUAAAUUCUAGACCACUGAGUCAGCAUACAAAGGUGUUACUUUCUAACCUCAACCAAUCCACGACGUUGCGCGGCCAUCUUUCAUCGUCUUCACACCCGGAUUAGGUCCAUUGGCUAAGCUUAUUGCUUAUUUUUAAAACAAAAAACCACUACAAUUUCCACGAUGCGAAGUAAUAACACGAAAGACUGGUACAACUGGAGAUUUAUUCACCCUGGAAAGUUGACGACAACUAUCGUUGAAGAUACACUUAGUCAUAUAUUACUUUGUACACACAAUUGAUUAUUAUUUAUUAAAAAAGUCACAUAUAUGAAAAAUACCCAGGAUCAUAAAAAACCGUAUGGUGCAUAUCAUGCUGAACAUACUUUAAGGUUAAUUUAAUGCAUACAAUUUCAUGUUUUAAAUAAUCAUCACACUGAAGCAAACCAAUUUUAGACUGAAUAAAAUAACACACUGAAUAUCAAAUAAAUAUG